AUGGAGGACGGAACAAAAACCAAACGAACCAUUUUUGUUGGCGGGAUCGGGGACGACGUAGACGAAACCUCUCUCCUGGAGAAUUUUUCAACUUUCGGCGAUGUAAUUGAGGUGCAAAUCCCUCUUGCUGCGUCAAAUCCCUCUCAACCAACCGAAACCAAACACCGUGGAUUUGGAUUUGUGACCUUCGCUUCCCCCGCGGACGCCCAGGAUGCAAUCGACAACAUGGACUUGAAUGAACUAAACGGCCGGGUCCUGAAGGUCAACAUCGCCCGUCAAGUCAAGGCGCCUGUACAGGGUGCCGGAAACAGGGCUAUUUGGGAAUCAGAGGAGUGGCUCCAGCACUAUGCUAAACCACUUAGUAAGAGCGGAGGAGCCGCGCUUCGUGCCAAGGUCAGGGAAGGUUCAAAGGGCGCCGACGACUCUGGCGACCAGAAUGAAGGCGACGACGAUACCGCAAUGGAAGAAUAA